UCGUAUCGCGUACAAAAUAAGCCACUGUUUCAUACAUUCGCGACGGUGAAAAAAACCAAAGGAGGCAAAGGAAAGAAACGAACCUAAGGAGAAAGGGAGAAGGUUCAGAGCACGACAAGAACGAGGGACGGAGGAGGGUCUUCCAUGUCCGCUGCGGUUCCAGGAGAGUAGCGAGAACAAGGAAGAUGGUGUUGGUGUUGGCAUUGGGGGAUCUGCACAUACCGCACAGGGCGCCUGAUCUGCCCGCCAAGUUCAAGUCGAUGCUCGUCCCUGGCAAGAUCCAGCACAUCAUCUGCACCGGCAAUUUAUGCAUCAAAGAAGUUCAUGAUUACCUGAAAACUCUCUGCCCGGACCUGCAUAUUACUAGAGGCGAGUAUGAUGAGGAAACUCGAUAUCCAGAGACUAAGACAUUAACUAUUGGCCAAUUCAAGCUUGGACUUUGCCAUGGUCAUCAGGUUAUUCCUUGGGGAGAUCUGGACUCUCUAGCCAUGCUCCAGAGGCAGCUGGACGUUGAUAUCCUUGUGACGGGUCACACCCACCAGUUCACUGCCUACAAGCAUGAGGGAGGGGUUGUGAUAAACCCAGGUUCUGCUACUGGUGCAUACAGCAGCAUCACUUACGACGUGAAUCCUAGCUUUGUACUCAUGGAUAUUGAUGGCCUGCGCGUGGUGGUCUAUGUUUAUGAACUCAUUGAUGGGGAGGUUAAGGUCGAUAAGAUUGACUUUAAGAAGACCACUACGACGACUGCUCAUUGACCGCCAUUUUACGUACUUAUAGCUUUGACUGUAACACCAGAAAUUCUGUCAUGCUUAUUUUGUUGAAGCAAUCCUAGCUUAUACAUCUUUAUCACUGUCAAAUGACUGAUGGACUUGCUUUUUGGAAUUUUUCGUAAUUUAGAUAGCUCGUGAUAUUUUUUAAUCGAAUUUCUUGUACAUGUACCUCUCAUGUUAGAGUUUGGUGAACAAUUUUCGUUU